GGCUUAUGAACAGUGACGGCUCGAGCCGAGCCAUAAUAUGAAAAAGUCAUUUUUGCCCCUGCCUCCUGUCUCUUGCGUCGCCACCUGCCGCACUGCUCGGUGCUAUCGUGUCUUGGCCUCUUCGCUCCACAGAGAGGUGGAGAGAGAGAUAGGGAGGAAAGUGGUGGUGUUGGUGACGAUUUACAAACUCCGAUUCCAUCUUCCUUGCUGCGACGUUCUUUUUGUCCUCUGAUUAGUCGCUGGGUUAGAGUUCCACAGAUAUUGUUUUACCCGCAUCUAAGGAUUACCUGUCAAUCUGCGAAGCCGUGGUGUUGGUUUGCCACUGCGUGUUUGCCGAAGAGAACGAGUGAGAGAGAGAGAGGUAUAUUCUGUGCUUGCAUGCCGAUGGCUUCAGCCCCUAUCUCUCUCCCUUUGCCGGGAGAACCGUCGAUUACUGGCCUUGCUCAGAAAGCGGAGGAUAUGACUCCGAUGAUUCGGUUAAGGACCUGAGUUACAACACUCUUGAAGAAACCCAUGCCCUGUCCUUGAAGCUCUCUAUCAACAGUAAUUCCAAGGCCAGUAGAUGAUUGUGCCUAAGCUUAAUCGGAAUGAUGUUGAAAGCUAUGAACAUGUCCAGAAGAUGGUUCAAGACAAGGAAUCUCCGAUUACACAACCACUUCCCAAACCAGUUCAAAUUCUGUUGACCGAAAUAGUAAGGAGCUUUUAUCCCAUUCAAGUGAUGAUUUCAAUGAUCAGGUAAAAGAACAGCUUGAAAGAUCCACACUGAGACUUGAAGAAUUGAAAAACGAGCGCCAACAACUAAUGGACUCCAUGCUAAUACGUGAGCUGCAGUCCUAUGCAGAUGAGGACUAUAAAAUCAGAGUUUGUGUCUGCAGAUUAUGGCAAGGAAAGAGGAUAAACCCAGAACGAAAUGAUGGACUGCAUUGCGUAUUGGUUGAUGAAAGGGGCGAUGCAAUUCAUGGCAUAACAAGUGAAGCAAAUUAUUCAUCAGUCUCUGGAAAACUGAAACAAGGAGAGAUAUACCUGAUCUCCGAUUUCUAUGUACAAGAUAGUCAAGACAAUUAUAAAGUUAUGGACAACUCAAUCCAAGCUCAUUUCAAUGGGAAAACAAAAUUCAAGCUCUUGCACAACAGCUUUCCACAGAUUCCACAACAUCGAUUCUAUCUACUAGAUUACAAUCAGCUGAAAAACCGCAUUGACAAAACUAAACUUCUCACAGAAAUGCCUGCACCAUCAAACACCAGUCAUACUUGCAUUUUCAUCAAUCCAGAAAUCCCACAGGCAGAACCCUACAAAAUCGAUUAUAGAAUCCAUGCCACCAUUGAAGAUCCAAACAGUGAGGCCACAGUCAAGCUUAGAGGAAAAGCAGCUGAACAAUUGUUUGGAAUAACUUGCAAAGAACUCAUAGACAAGUACCCUUAUGCUCCACAGGAAAUAUUGCAAACACAGGGGCAGAUCCACAUUUUCCAAAUCCAAAUCAGUGAGGCAAAUGACUUCAUAGUGAAAGGUAUCUUUCCAAGCACAAAGAACCAACCAAGUGCCAGCACACCAGCCCAUCCCCUGUAUCAGAAAAAAAGAUCCAUCAACAAAGGAAGAAGACAACUUUUUCCUACCAAUCCAGACAAAAAGCCCCGCAGGGAAGGAAGCACUGAAUCAGCAACAUCAUCAACAAACACUGUGAACAAGGAAAAAAUGGACUGAAAUAUCAUAUCACUGUUUCGUGUAAAUAGAAAUGGAGGCAGAAACUUUUGGACAACCUCCACAAGGAAUCAUCACUAGGCUAACAACCUCUCAGCAGCUUACAUAACUUUUGAUAUAACCACUAAGUUAGCCUCUAAGUAGAUCAUUGUAUUUUGAACAAGCUGUUUUAACAGCAUUUGUAUUUAGCUUCUGUUUGAACAAUCUAUUUUUGAGAAGCUGUAGCUGUUGUAUAUAUAUAUAUAUAUAUAUAUAUAUAUAUGAACUAAAAUUCGUAUC